AUGGCUGACGGUCUUCCUGGUCACGCCCAUGAGUUCUAUCGUUUGAUCAAGGACGCCCCUUGGCUGGGAGGCGAUCAGGAAUAUUCUUGUAAGGGAAAUUCUGUUGAACCCGCCCUGGUCAGAAUUGCUGAACACUUUCCUGCAGGGCUGAAUGAGGCGUGGCCGUACUCUUACAACGCUCUUGUGCCCUUGGCGUACCUCUCGGACGAUACAAGACUGAAAAGGCAUAUUAUUCGUGUUACUAACUGGGUUAUUGACCGCCAACAUCAAGACGGAUGGCUCGGGCCCGAGGAUAACCUGUCGCGUCGAAAUUUCUGGGGCAGGUAUCCGCUCUUUCUGGGAUUGAUGCAGCUGGUCGAGGCAGAGCCUGAGCUGGGAAAGGAAAAGAUCCUCCCCGCCAUGCAUAAAUUUGUGAAUCUCAUGCACGAAAUGCUUUCUACUGACUAUCAAGGGUAUGUCUGGAGACCUGGCGAUGAGUUCGACGAGCAGUGGGGCAGAUCGCGUGCUGCCGAUAUGGUUCUAGCCUUGCAGUGGCUUUACGAGAACCAUCCGGGUGGGAACGAGAAGAAGAUUCAUCAUUGCAUGGUGCAUAUGUAUGAAAUGUCAUAUGAUUGGAGUUAUUGGUUCGAUGAACGGAAUUUCCUGAAGGAUGACCUGGAUCGGUUCCCCGUGGAGCUUACGGACAGUCUGUUUCCGUAUGUUCACGGUGUCAAUGCUGGCCAAGGUCUCAAAUGGGGCGGUGCGAUGCGCAGACUUGUCCACGAUGAUCGCUUGCUCAACGUGACCAGGAAUGGGGUUAACUGGACAUUUCAGUACCAUGGAACGCCGUCAGGCGCAAUAGUGGGUGAUGAGCGAGAGGCAGGCUUGAGUCCAGCUCGGGGCACCGAGCUUUGCAGCGUGGUAGAAUCAAUGUUCUCCUUGAACUACCUGUAUCAGGCUAUGGGAGAUCGUGAUUUUGCAGACAAGGUUGAGCUGGCAGCUUACAACGCCUUGCCAGUCAUGUUCAUGCCGCACUGGUGGGCUCAUCAGUAUAUCGCGCAAACAAAUCAGCCUAUCAGUCAUCGACUGGAUCGAAGCCCAUUUUGGAACGUGGGACCUUACGGCCAAACGUUUGGGACCGAACCAAACUUCCCCUGUUGCACCGUCAACAUGCAAGGAUACUCGAAAUUUGUUCCUGCCAUGUUUGUCAGAUAUGGCGAAGAAGGAAUUGCCCAUGCUGUGCUCGGCCCCGCCAACUUGAGGACGGCGCUGUGGAACAGAAACCAGAUCAACAUUCGGUGCGACACAAACUAUCCCUUUUCCAACCACCUACGCUACGACAUCAAGGCGAGAUACACUUUCCGAUUUUCGAUCAGGGUGCCAUCAUGGGCAGUGCUUGAAGACAGUGGCAUCUGGAUCGACUCGGGCGAACGCCAUGACCUCAAACCGGACAACGCUACUGGGAUGCACGCGAUGAUUAUUGCCUCGGGAAGGACCAUAAUUGAGGUCAAGUUUGGAGCGAAGGUCCGCAUCGAGCCGAGGGCAAAUAACACCGUGUCGAUAUAUCAUGGUGCACUCCUGUAUGCGCUGCCUAUUGCUGGAGAAUAUUCCCAUACAAGACCAGGACGAUAUCCUGGCACAGACGCACCGCCAGAAGCAAGAGAUUGGCAGAUCUUACCGCGGACACCCUGGAAUCUGGCGAUUGAUACUUCGACUUUACAAUUCUUCGAAUAUCCAAAUCGAGAGGAUGAGUACCUGCCCAAUCCGAUUUGGAACGAGGAUGCCACGCCAGUCAGCAUCUCAGCUCUGGCUUGUGAGAUUAACUGGAAGUUGACUGGUGGUUAUGCACCUAAUCCACCACUAGUAGGGCAUCGAAACUGUACCGGUCGAGCGUUUCCAGUUGAGCUCCGACCGUACGGAAGUGCCAAACUCCAUAUGGCCGAGCUGCCAACGGUAGACUUAAGUCCUGGUAGCCCUGAUCUAUGGCGACCGGGAAAGGAUCAGGCUGAUGGUUCAGCUUCCGGCUCAGAACGUCAGCUGGAACUGUAG